UCGGAUUCCAAAUCGAUGCGGCUUCAAACGAGAGAGGGGAUAGAGCGUGCAGUCCGCAAGAUGCAACGAUUUGCCGGGCUAAAGGAGACCGGAAUACUAGACAAUGCCACUCUCGCUGUGAUGUCAAAGCCUCGCUGUUCUCUCCCAGACAUCCUUGGUUCAGAAGACCUGCUAAGGAGGAGGAGGAGGAAGAGGACAAUUAGGAGGAAAAAAAGAUAUGUUUCAUCCGGACUGAGCUGGACCAAGACCAAUCUCACAUGGAGUGUGUCUGGCUCUCCAUCUUUAUCUCCCCAUCUAACCCCAGAAACAGUGCAGACCAUUCUCUCGUAUGCUUUUAAAGUGUGGGGUGAUGCCACUCCCCUUAAUUUCAAUAUGCUCCGCCCCUAUUCCAAUGGACCUGCCCACGAGGCAGAUAUCAGGGUGUCCUUCGCCAGCGGUUACCAUUACGACGGCUAUCCGUUUGACGGUGCAGGUGGCACGCUUGCUCACGCUUUUUUCCCGGGAAUGGGCGAUAUCGCAGGCGACACACAUUUUGAUGACGAGGAAACCUGGAGCCAUGGUGAUUACAGUGGGAGCAUAGAUCUGUUUACAGUGGCAGUGCAUGAGUUUGGCCAUGCUCUAGGCCUGUCUCACUCAUCUGCUCAUCACUCCAUCAUGAGGCCAUUCUAUGAAGGUUACGUGGGAGAUAUUAGGAGUUACACUCUCCCUGCUGAUGACAGACUGGGCAUUCAGGCAAUAUACGGAAAGAGAGAAACUUUGCACAUAGUUCCUCCUGUGGCUGCACCCACACCCAGGUUUCCAGAUCCCUUCCCUCCAGAGAAAACCAGGUGUUUCUUGGUGAUGAUGACGGAAAUGGUGAAGAUUAUGAUGAUGAUGGUGUUGAUAAUGGUGGUGAUGUUGAUGAUGGCGGUGGUGGUGAAGGUGGUGAUGAUAAUGAUGAUGAUGAUGAUGACGAUUUGUCCUACUAGCCCAGAUCCCUCUUUACCAGAUCGCUGUCAGGGUGGAUUUGAUGCCAUUGCCAACAUCAGAGGAGAGAUAUUUUUCUUCAAAGGGCCAUUUUUCUGGAGAGUUCAGCAACUGGGCACCUUGAUGUCGACCUCUCCUGCUCGGAUCGAGAACUUCUGGAACGGUCUUCCCCCUAGGCUACAAAAAAUCGACGCUGUAUAUGAAAGAACAGAUGGGCAGAUAAUCUUUUUCAUUGGUAACCAGUACUGGAUGUUCGACGGACGGAACUCCCUCCCCAGUUACCCCCGACCCCUGGCGGACUGGGGGAUACGGGACGUUUCUGGACGGGCCCCAGAAAGUGUUGGGGCUGUUUUUGUGUGGCCACACAAUGGAAAGACCUACCUGUUCAGCAAAGGUGCAUUCUGGAGGUUUGACGAAACAGAAGGGAGGAGGAGGCUGGAAUCAGGCUACCCCAAACCAGUCUCUCUUUGGACAGGCAUGCCAUCAGAACCAGAUGAUAUCGCCAUCUUGCAGAAUGGAGAUACUUGUUUCUUCAAGGGGACCUUCUACUGGGUCUUAAAAAGAGGUGAAAUGGACCAGGAGACUGUCAGUCAAAAAUCCAUUGCAACUGAUUGGAUGAAAUGUGAUAUUCGCCCUCAAGAGAACCCACUAAAACCCGACUGGAACAAAGAGGUAAGUCAAGAAGCCAACGUGUUUGCCAUUCUCUUUCGCUAG